AUGCCCACUGUGCGUCCGUCACACCCACACUCACCCUCACCCACACUAAAUAUAUCACACUAUAUGUAUACCCAGACAUAUGUACACCAAAAUUGGGGCAGUUUUCUGAGUGAAUUGAAUAAAAUAUCACCUGAUACGUUUGAUAAAUUCUCGGCGGGUAUUGGUAUGAGAACUGAGAAUGAUACAAUUCAUAAAUUACUAAUAUUGUUGAAUGAAGAAGCCAUUACUUAUUCACCAUCAUGGUUAAAUAAGAUGCAGCUGAGUUUUGUAACAGAAAAUUUUCAUCGAUCAUUGCAAUCACAUAUGAGUGCUACCUAUGCGGAUGAAUUAGCAAAAUAUAACAAUUCAGAAGGCUCUUUAGUUACAAACACACCUAAUAUGGAGUCGUUUUCACCGAAUUCUUCACAACUGAGCUUUUUAGAUGAGGAGGAGAAUACACCGGCUCAUGAUCAACUUUUAACAUUGACCUCGGUUAAUAAUAAUGUGGAACUGGUGACAGUUCCUCCACGGUUGACGCCCUCACUGAGGGAUAGAAUAGAGAUAAUUCGUCCCUCUACAUCAGUAAACACUAAUAAUAUGACUUCAACUUCCUUUCAUAUACGAACUGGUUGUAUUACUGAUGAAACAGUCAGAAAUAACUCUAAUAGUGUAACUACAACUACUACAGUUCGUAUAUCUCCGAUUAGUAUAUGUGCUUCUCUUCUCUCCUCACGUCGGUGGAUUGAUUCGGAGGUCCAAACGGACUUAACCUUUGAGACAUCAACCAUUGAACAAGAUGGAUUAGACGAAAACAUUGAAGGUUUUAGAUUAUAUAAAGAAUGGUGGUUAACGAUGGACUGUAAAGCCCGAGUACAUAAUAAUAAACUAUGUAAACGAGAGAAUUGUGAAUUGAACCAUCGGCAAGAGGAUUAUUGCAGGAUAUGCAACGGUAAAAGUCGACAUAUGGUUACUCAAACAGCGUUUACGGCUGUCGAAGAAGAGGAGAACGUGAUAGGAAAAUACCAUAACGAAUAUAGGCAAUAUUAUCGGUUUAGAAAUAACUUAGCACUAAAUGUAUACUAUCGUGAAAAUAAUCUUUUUCCAAAGUCACUCCAAAUCGAUGUACCAAAACAAAAUUUUGAUGCUAAUGAUCCGAAACUUAGGCAACAAUGGUUAGAUAUUAUUCAAAACGCUAGUAAAGAUCUAUCGAAAUGCGAGGCACAAGCUAUCGAACGAACGAUUGCGGAAGCCGAAGCGAAAUGUGAAUUAUUACGAGAUAAGUUGUGUGAAAUGAGAAAGGAACGGGAAAUGAUGGAUGUGGAAAGAGAGGAAAGUGUAAAAUUGAAAGAAACUAUUGAAAGCUUAUGGAACAAAGUAUUUCGUCUAGAAAUGCGAGAAAUAAGUCCUCAGAAACAAGAAAGGAAUAUGAGUCGUCGGAUGAUGUGA